CAGGACUCCUCCGGGGUCUCGUUGCAGUCAUUACCUGAAGAAGAUUCUAGAGUUGAGGAGGAAGUAGACUAGAAGAUGAAAAGAUCAUCGUCAGUUAGACGAGGUCGUGUGCGGUGGCGCCUCUAGCGGCAAUGGUGUAUGUACGUCUGUCUCUCCGAGUCGGGAAUCGCUGUAUACGAGAGACUGGUGCUGGUGUGUGUCUGUGUGUUUGUGCGAGUGAGUGAGGGAGAGAGAGAGAGAGAGAGAGAAAGAGUGUGAGAGCGGUGGUCGGGAGUUGGCUACUCACUCAGUCAGUUGGUGGGGAGCGUAGCCUAAGGACGGAGCUCUCCUCUUGUUGCCAGUGAAGAUCAUGAUGGUGUCUUGCCGUUGGCGGAGUCGGUGACAUCGCGUGUCACUCAGCGUCCCCCACCCAAUAUUAUUAUUAAUUCAUGAAUGAGUAUUUACGAGCACCUCGCAAUACACGCUGUGGUUCACACUACAUCCAAACCAGUACUACUCAAUAGCAAACAACCCCAUCUUGUUAUUUUCCAAAGUGGAUUUUGGCUGCUCACCUCAGUUGCCACCAGUCCGAGGUGACUACAACUGGUUGAUAUGGAUAGAUAUUAUUGUUAGUAUUAUUAUUAUCGUAACAACCUGUGGAUAUUAGUUCGUUGAUUUUGAUUGUGGUCAUUGAGAGUUUCCUGCUGCUGCCGCCGCCGCCGCCGCCGCUGCCACCGCCGCCUCUGCCGCUUCUCCUGCAAUGAUGGAUAACCGAGGGGGAUUCUUUGCCCUAGUGAAGGAGGAGCCCACGACGGAACAUGACAUGGAGACGGGACCCGUGCCCCUGCCGCCCACCACCGUUGGCAUGGGAGGUCACACACCUCCUGGUGGCAGUGGUUCCCACGUGGGCGGUGGACCGCCGCUGCAGGCGGGAAUGCCACUCACGCCCGUCACACCCACUGGUCACGCCCCACCGCCACCUCUCCGCCGGAUAGAAAUUGAUCCUAAUUUCGAACCGGUGGCGCGCUCGCGCUCCAACACUUGGCCGCUGCAUGUCCCUGAGGGCUACAUGGAAGGCGAGGACCCUACAGCGGUGGCAGCCGAAGGUCCGGUGCCUGUUGACCAAGUGCGGGCUCCUGGCACCAUCGGUGGGCCAGGUGACCCGGCGGGCGGGCCCCCGAAGAAGAACACGUCGAGGCGGAAUCCCUGGGGGAAUAUGUCCUACGCCGAUCUCAUCGCCCAGGCCAUCAUGUCGUCGCCCGACGGCCGUGCCACGCUCUCCCAGAUUUAUGACUGGAUGGUGCAGAAUGUCCCUUACUUCAAGGACAAGGGCGACUCCAACUCCUCCGCUGGAUGGAAGAACUCCAUCCGACAUAACCUGUCCCUACAUAAUCGGUUCGUACGAGUACAGAACGAAGGCACGGGAAAGUCGUCAUGGUGGGUCCUCAACCCAGAUGCAAAACCGGGCAAGUCCACGCGGCGUCGAGCAAAUACCAUGGAAGGAGGACGCUACGAGAAGAAGAGAGGAAGAGUCAAGAAGAAACUGGAAGCCCUUCGGAAUGGCUUGGAAACGACGCCUUCGCCGUCGUCGUCAAUGAGCGAGUCGUUGGAUAUGUAUCCGGAUUCUCCUCACACCCACGGAGUCCACCCAGCCUUCAGCCAAUUGUCCCCCCAGGAUUACAGACCAAGGGCCUCCUCCAAUGCCUCGUCCUGCGGGAGGUUGUCGCCCAUCCCCGCCAUAGAGUCAGAUAUGCACGAUUCACAGGUCCCACCUAUGUCCCCCGGGAUCGGUGGAUGGGGCAAUGAAUACUGGCAUCACCCCCACGCGCACCCACACCCGCACGAUCGGUACGCAGAUCAGCUGGUCGAGCCCAUGUUGAAGUUGGGAGCCGCCGACUCCUGGGGAAGUCAAGCGCGCCCACCGCCCAACCCACAGGACUGUAUGAAAAUGUCGCAACUCUCACCCCACGGGCCACCCACGCCUCAUAUGAAUGGUUAUGUCCCCCACCAUCAUCACGGUCAACAUACACAGUUGACUUUCUCUCCUCAGGGCUUCACAAGUUUUGAAGACUUCCAUCGGUAUGGACCCCACAAUCCCCACGCAGCGGCGGCUUUCCCCCACCCCCAAGCUCCUCACCCCCCUACCCCACAUCAAGAAAAGAUGGCCACCCCGACCAGACCUUUGCCCCACAACAAUUACUCCCUGACAAGCCUUCAGGCUAUGUCCCCAGCACAUAGUGUCCACAGUCUAUCGCCGACGCAGCCUCUCGGGGAAGGCCACUACCCAGGCCCCGGGGGGGAGGCUCAUCAACCAACCAACACAUUUCCAACUCCACCCACCUCACAAACUCCACACACUGCCCAUUCAGCCCACUCCGCCCACACUGCCCAUUCUGCUGCAUCCAGCAGUGAAUCUAACAGAUUGAGAGCAGCACUCACUCAUCGCGAACAGCAGCAGCAGCAACAGCAACAGCAGCAGCAGCAGCAGCAGCAGCCACACAGUGGCAGCCCUGGCAGUGGAGGCGUUCCUUCCUCUGGAAGUAGUGGUGCCUCGGGAGGGGGGCCAGGGAGUGGUAGUGGAGGAGGUGGAGGUGGAGGCGGCGGCGGUGGUGGUAGCGGCGAUGGAGGAGGGGGUGGAGGUGGAGGGGGAGGUGGAAGCGGAACACCCGCCAUGCAAGACAUUUUGGACUUGGAGGCCACAAUCCAAGGAGGACUUGACUGUAAUGUGGAUGAGCUUAUUGAUUACGAGCGGCAGUUUUUCGGAGAGAAGUUGGAUUCUUUUUUACCCCAGCAGUCACACCAUCACGAUCACAAUCACCACCAUCACCACCACAGCAACCACAGUCACCAUCCAAAUAGUCAUGGCAACCAUGCCCACCAUGGACAGUCCCAUGGCCACAGCCAUGGCUACACCGAAGGGUCGCAGAUGGCAGCACCGUCAGGCAUGAGUUAUUCGUGUUCGUCGAUCACUGCCUCUGGGAAUCAGUGGGUCCGCUGAAAGGUACGGAGCAUCGAGAAACGCACCUAAUCCUUCGGACCGCUAGGUAGCUCCUAACUCAUCACCUUACACUGCUAGAGGUCACUCGCAAUCACUCCUCGCCCUGUUUUCGGUUAGUAAAGAAGGCAUUCAUGAAGGUAGUAACUUGAUUCAAAUUGUCUUCUAUCCCCUUGGCUGCAAUGCACCAUGGAACGUUCCCUAUGAAGUUCUAGGGAAAGGAGCACUCAAGAUGGGCGCAGACAACUUGUAACUAGUAGUGGUGUAUAGAAAUUAUGGAUAGGACUCUUAAAUUCCGUGUGUUACGUGAUGAAAAUAUAAAAGGACAAUAUGAAAAUAAUGAGACGACAGUAAGGUGCUCAAACUUAAUUGGGCUUGUUAACGGAAGCUGGGAUGAACAUCCUUAAUCUACCUCGCCGAGAAAGGAAUUGUUUGCAUUUUUGCGCUUGAUGGGGGUUCACUGUGAAUAAAAUUAAUUUCCUCCAGUUCAGGUGUUUACAUAAUUAGGGAAAUGACACUAUAUGCUGUAGUCUUGAGAAAAAAAAAAUGCCUGUACUGUGCUCCAGUUGACUUGCAUUAGUGCACUUGCUAAGAGGCUUAAAAAACUUGUGGAGGUGAAGGGACGAUUAGGAUGUGAUGUGAUAUAUUCUGAGUGGUGAUGAGUCAAGAGAGGAGUUUUAAUGCAAGGACAAUCACUUUGUUGAGAAUAGAAAAUACAGUUUUAAUUAUUGUGGAUGAACAAAGAUGUAAAGUCCUCCUCCCCUCGGUUGUGAUGGUAGGAAAUAAAUAUAACUGAUGGUGAGGAGAAACUAUUCGUUGUGAAAGUGUUGUGAUAGGGGGUAUUUAGGGGAGUCGUAGCUCUUGAAAGCAGGUGCAGUUCUCCCCUCCCCUUCAUCAUCAUCAUCAUCAAUUGCCGGGCAAUGACGUGUCAGCACAAGCCUGAAAUUGACUCUGUUAAAUAUGGCUCUAGAGGUCAUCCUCGUCAACUUUUGAAGGAAAUCUGAUGGUGGGUUUAGCUGUUUGAUGUGUCCACUCUACGGAAUUAAAAAAAUUAAAGAGAUGAUGUAUUUUGGUGCCUGCUGUUUGUAUAAACAUGCUGUAUCAAGCUUAUCGUGGAGAAUGUUGAAACUUGAAGCGGGCAUGCUAGUGUAAAUAUAUAUAAACUUGCUUCACUUUCAGGACAUUAUUGACCCAAGACUUGAAUGCCUUGAUUAUCAUACAAGAACUAAUAGACGUCUCUGAAAGUGACAUCAUGGUGCUUUUCAUAAUACACUGUGAGUUUCAGGAAAGCGGAUUUCGUGUUAGGACAUUUUAGGAGUACAGUUUGCAAGCGAUCCUUUAUAUUUUCAUAAAGCAUUUGAAGAAUGCUACAAAGUACUUAAUCUCAAGUGGGGAAAACCUUUAGCCCCAAUUUAGCCACAAAUUCCAUGUUAUUUACAUGUAUUUUCUUUUUCAGACCUUGCAAAACUGGUUAUCUGAUAUUAGGAAAAACACUGAUCGUUUCUGUUAUGGGUUAAUGGCUAAUAAUGUUGAGUACUUUUCUAAUUAAAUGGUUGUAGUUUCUUUUACAGUAAAUUUUCACCUGUAAAAUAAGCUAAAAGUAGGAAAUAAUUGAUUUUUGUAUAGCAUCGUCAUAAAAUGAUCAUGAGGUCGCGUUGAUGUCUAAUUGUUUUUAGUGUACAAAAAUUAAAUAUUAAAAGAAACUUUUUCUUUAUAAUAGGCAAAUGGAAAAUUUCAUUGGAAUGGCGAAAGAUAUAUAUAUAUAUAUAUAUAUAUAUAAAAUAUAUAUAAUUAUCUAGUUAAUAUGUAUACAUAUGCAUAUGUACAUAUAUAUACUGCAUUCAGUAUAUAUAUUCGCAUGUAUGUAUAUAUGAAUAUACUGAAAAAAUAUCAAGUGAUUGCAUUCCAAAUGAUAGGGAAAUGUGCAGACUCUCUUUGAAAAGCUUUUAUCCACAGCAUACCGAGAACUGUACUUACUACGAAACGUUAUCCUCAUUGUAGUAACUUGAGAAAAUCUGGGGCUGAUGCAUAGAAUUCACUGACAUAAGGCUUAAUAUUUCGCAGAUGGUUUAGAUGACCGUACUUAUCCAGAAUUUCCUGAAAUUGCAAAUAUAGAUUAAACUUGCACAAAAGAACUAUUAAAAAUUUUGUGUAUCGGGUUAUGAAUAUAAAUUUGGAAUCGGCAAUAUUCUGCGGAUUCUUUACGCAUUCUAACUUGCCAAUUAUGUACUUGCCUAAAACUUAUCAAUAUGACUAUCUCCCAAAAUCAAGAAUGUGCAAUCGCUUCCUGCUUUACAGUAAAGUAUGUGCAAGAAUUACAAAUAAAAGGAUUGCUGAAAUGCACAAUUAGAGAAGGCGCUUACCAGAAGUCUACAGUGAGCAAACAAAACUGAAGUAAACUGAAAGCUGCAACUUAUUAAAAGUGAACCAAAAAUAACUACCCACUGACCCUAUUACAACAAUUUAUUCAUAUUGUGUUAUAUUCAGUUAUGACAUUGUUCUCUACUAUAUGAGCAACUCAAGAUUUUAUUUUUCACUCUAGUGAAUUCCUUGUAUGGGUGCAGUGGCCAAAUUUUACUAAUCACAUUUAAGCUUUUUAUAGGAUUUUUGUUAGUAUCAUAUGACACUUAAAAGUAUUUUCAAAUAAACAGGAAGAGAAAAGUAAUUUUUGCAGCAACACAUGUAUUUUGUUCUGAUAUAAGUAUUUGAUAUUAUCAAAAGCACGUCUUUAAAUGAUCCGUUUGUUAUCAACACAGUUAUAUACAACCUAAAAGUCUACGCAAUUUUUUUUCAUCUAUGACAGCACACAAACUUAAAGCAUUCAGAUUUCUUAAAUAAAGGCCAUUCUUUUAAUUAUGGAAAAUAACGUGAUGCACAUGAUAAAUGGUAGUACGUAUUUUAAAAUCAACCUAUUAUAUACUAAAUUUAAUAUCGGUGUACCUACACAAGAUUUUCAAUCGUCAUGACUGGAAGGAAAGAAAAAACUAGGAUUGAGGACUCCUAGGUGUAAUAUAGACAAUCAUUCCAGAUUUACGUAUAGAUCAGAUAAGCCAUACAUAAAGAGACAUAAAGAGUUACCAUUAUAUUAAGCCUUCUCAUCAGUGUAUUCAGAACUUGCCCUAAGAUUGAUUAAAGCUGCUUCCCUAUACUCGUCUUUGAAGGUUUACUAAGGAGAUAAGUUCAGAGAAUGGACUUUUAAUUUAGGAAAUUGUUUUAGUUGUAAUAAGAGUGACAGUUUGUGAUGGAGGAUAAUGUACAGUAUAUUGAACAGGCAAUCAAUAAUCUUUAUGCCAUAGCCACCUGUUUACAGAAGACUACGGUUUUGUUUUGUUGAACAGCAAUUCUUUGUCGAUAGAUUAGUCUCAUGUUGAUCAUUUUUCUAUAACAAAGGAAAAUUUAUGAUUCCUCGGUCUUUAUGUAAAAUUGCUUGCUGUUUGGCAUUUGUACAUAAAGGGGUAUAUGCCUAUGUACAUAAUUUUUAUGUUGUAGAAGAUAGAAAACUGCCUAAUUCACUGUUUUAUACUAUUAAGUUUUGACUGAUCAUAAAAAUCACAAUCACACGUGGAACUCUUGUUUUCCACUACUGUGUUCAUGUAUAAACCCUCAAUAAUUUGCUACUGAUGUUUCCCCCUUCCUCCAAUUGAUAGAAUUCUUAAUCAAUACUGUUUUUGUUUCAGUUUCAAAUUCUCUACACUUAGCAGAAUAGAGUAUGUAAAAUGAUGAUCAGAUUAAAAAAAAUGUACUCGUAAUGUCUUACUUAUCUUAACCCAAUGGGAGUAUGAAUAAUAAAUCAACAUGCCUGAAUACACAAAAAAAAAGCCUGCAUUGGCAAUGACCAACAAGUGAUGCGGAUUACAUACCUGUCAUAUAGUGGUGUGAGUAAAUGCAAAAUGCAACCUUCUGAAAUCAAUUAAUGUGGUUUUCCCAAACAAUAAUCGACAAAGUAUUUCCAAGGACAGUAUUUUACUUUGUGCUUCAUAAUACAAAAUUAGACUAUGGUAAAAUUUCAAUAUCAUUGACAGGGAACGAUAUCGAUCAUUCAGAUAUGAAAUGUUUGCCAAAUUCUACUUGCGCAUGAAUUUGGGGUCACAUAUUUGGAAGUUAAAGUUAUUUUAAAACUGUUACCAAAAAAUUGACUUAAUGCAAAACUGUUAAAAGGUACCCUGGACUUGGUAACAAUUUUUUCUUGUUCCCUUAAGCUGAUAAUCAUGGCGGACAAUACAAUAUUUUAUGAGUCCAGCCAUUCCUUACUGUUUGAGAAUUGGAGGCAACUGGAUAAAAUCAUGAAGAAUAAUUCACUAAAUUCUGGUAGUAAGUCAUGAUUUCCUAAUGAACUACGAAUUUUAACACAAUAUUGAACAAAACGCUCUAGCCAAGAGUUUGCCAAUGAAAACUGCUCCAAUAAUAUCUCAAGAUCUUGAUAAUAACACGCAAUUUCUCCUUUGGAACCCAAGGAAGAUAGGCCUAUGUAACAAUGGAAGUAGUUUAUUAAUGAGGUUUCUUCUAACUAAGCAUGAAAAUAAUGAAAUUUAUCAUUGUGGCUUCAUGUCAUCACCUUGCUAAUUUCUGCAAUUACCACAGGUAGAAGCAGGAAACAGCGACUCAUAAGGCAGCAUGGUUUUUUUUAUACAUGGUGGGCUUCUCAGAUAAUUUCAAGCACGAAAAAAGAUAAAUAUUACUGCUUAAAUUUCGGUUGACGUGUCCAUUUCCAAACCUGGAAAAAAUGAGGCAUUCUACGACAAAGUUUACAAGAUCAAUUGUUUAACUAAUAAAAAUUGAAGAACCCCUAAAUACUUCGAAUACAAGUUGAAGAAACCCUAAAUACUGAGCAUUUCGCACGAUUAUCCAGACAUCCUCAACGCAAACCUGAUAUGUCCCCUCCUAAGUAAACCUAGGUUUUUUUUUUUUUUUCUUAUACUCUCAAUACCAAAACUUUUCAUCUUGCAGUCACUUGCAACUGGCAGUUUCAUCUCUACAUUAGAUGGUUACACAACAAAAGGAAAUGUAAUUUCGUUCGUGCUAAAACGUCAUGUAACACAAUUACCAUUUAAAUUACAAUUUUUAUAUUUCUAGAGAAUUAUUCUGAUAAACAAAAUCAGCAAGGGAAGCGUAAAUUCUGAAUGACAAGCAUCAAUUUUGGAAAUAUUUCAAUAACCUCAAAACCUAAGGCGAACUGGGAAACACACAGCGAACAAUAUUAAACUAUAGACAUAGGUAACUCUUUCAUGUCUCUUUGAUGACUACUGAGCACAAAACUUAUCAUUACACCAGUCAAACUGUACAAUAUGCCAAAAAUAUAAUUUCUAAUAAACAUUUUCCAGAAAAAUGGCAAGCAUUAUUGUGACUCCCUGCCAUCCACCUAUUUUCACAUGAAAUGUACAUGUCGCUGGUCAAUGUUAUUUUGUAGCUAAUUACUAACACACAAACAUACAUACCCUCCUGCUAGUAAUUUUAGUCCUUGCCUACAGACGUGUCUCUUUAUCUCAGAAAAAAAAAGCAUUGUAAGUCAAAGUGUUCCUGCGCUUGGUUUGCAUUGCAAAAAUUUGACAAGGAAGUAAACAUGACAUGCCGUUAAAUUCAUUACAUUUCUUCAACUUCUUUUUUAACUAUUCUCAAGUGGAAAAAGAAGGUGCGAAGGAGCCUGUGCAUAACUGCAAUGUAAAGAAAUAAACGUAAAUAUGCUUAAGGAAGAUAACUGUGAUGACAUCCUCGAGUCUACAGAAAGCAAUUAGCCUGUCUAUACCACAUGAAACAUGCAAUCAGCACACUACCCCUCAUGUGCCAAAUUUGCACGAACCAGGGCGAAUUAACCUGAGGAUAUGACAGUAAAACCUUUUUUCUCCUGAGAAUAACCUAACAUCAAGGAAUGGAAAUCAUGAAAUACACCCAAAGCUAUGUAGGUAUGCUAAAGAUUAUGCCGUUUUUAAUUUGUUUACUACAGUGAGCAGACAGAAGGACCUUCCACCUAGUGGUCUGGUUAGACUUUAAUACAAAUGCAUGGUAUGUCCUUGGGAUUGGUCGCUGCUUUACGCACUGCAUACAAUUUUGUUAAUAUAGUUUACACAAAAUACAAGUUAAGGUUUUAAUCUACGCAUUAAAAACCUUACUGAAAUGAAGAGAACGUCCCACCAUUUCUUUCAUUAUUAUCCUGAAUAACUUGCGAAAGUCAGCUUCCAUUCUGAAUUUUUUUAAGAAUGUAUAAUCAAAGGAUCAGAGCACCAAGAAAGAGUAGAACUGAGAAUCGCCAAGUUGUGCUUGUUGGAUACCAGUGCAUAUUUAUUUCCCUUUAGUAGUAUAUGUAUGGGCACCUAUACAGUUCUUUUGCCUUUACAUAAGAAUCCUCAAAGCGAGGAAUCAGACCACUUCAUUUGUCUCUAAAGAACAUCAUGAGAUGAAAAAUUCUAAGAGAAAAUCAUUACUUGACUCGUGAUACGGUAAUAUUAACAAAAUGUAUACUUAAAGAAAAUGUACGAGACAUCAAUUACGAAUCUAUGGCUGCUACAGCACACGCUCCAGAAUAAACAAUGUUUUCUGAUUCUGUGGUUUUGAAGCCUUUAGCACAGUGUUUGACAGACCCGAGUUUAAAAAUGAAAUAGAACUGAGAAUGUAAUAUUCAUUUUUAAUAUUUUUUAUUUGUCAUUUUUACAACAUUCGUUAUCAUCACUGCAUACUCUACUCUUUUAAAGCAAAUUAAAUAAAUAAAAAAUAAAAAAAGCAUUAUGUUCGACCUUUACCUACAGGAUUUAGUUCAGAAUUGAUGAGAAAGCUUAUAUCAUAAGCUUGCCUUGGAGUUAAGUUGUAGAGAUAUUUCCAGUUAAUAUUUAAAAGUGUCAUACCAUAGGGAAUUCCACAUUUGGUGUCAGAUGAGAAUGUUAUAGUUGGGAACUGUGAAGCACAUUUGAAUGUAAUAAGUCCAAGUAGCCCAAAAUGGCAUAAGAAAUUAAAAUAGUAUACAUAGUAGUCUAGUUUCUUACUAUACAGAGCUUGUAUGUUAGUUCCUCUGUGCUGUUUCAUUGUUUUUAUUUUAUUUUAUUAUGUUUUUUUUUUGAGUUCCAUGGAGAAUACUGUAUUCCUUGUUGUAAAUAGUGUAUAGGUUUUAUGUCAUUAUUAAAGUACCAAAAUGACGAGACAUCGCCCCUCUGUGAGAUUGGUCGCGUUGUGUUUAGAAUACACGGAGAUUUUAUAUUUUCUGUACUUAAUUUAAGUUAACUGUAAGAUCGGCGUGGUCGUCAUUUUGGCUUGCGAUUUAUGAAUAAUGCACAAUUGGCUUCUUUAUAAAGAAAGUAUACAACAAUUUCGAUGGCUGAUUCAUAAAGAAAUAUGCUGUAUAUGAGUUGCGGAAAUCCGAAUAGCUCGUCAGAGUAUUCCGAUUGGUGGCAAAGACAGGGUAUAUAAAAUAAUUGUGUUAACGCACAUGCGUACGUGAUUAAUAUCAGGUAAAUUUGGUGAAAACAGAAGUCUAUGGAAACAUGGCAAGGUCACCAGACCGAUGGGCUAUGUGCCUGGAAGGGCGCCUGUCUCGUCUGGAAAAAAACAAAAAAAGCAAAAAAAAAAAAAGUUUUAUUAAAAAAUAAAACCGUGCUUGGGAUAUCCUCAUUGCUGAUGUCGCCAGUGAUCUCUAUAUAUUUCUUUUGUUGUGUUGCAAAUCGCAAAUGAUUUAUCUUUGUUAUGUCUUGCAUAUUCUGAGUUAGCAUGUGAAGGGAGAGACUCUCGUUGGAAAGGUAUGGAAGACUCUUGCAGCUCAAGGUACCACCCACCUUGGACGAGUGACACAACAUGGGAACUUCCCUGGCUGGUCAAGAGCAAAGUCAUGCAGAAGAGACCAGAGCAGAUCUCAGGACACAUUUUAUUCUAAGUAAAACUGAAAGCCUUACAUACAUGCAUACAACAUUACACUUCAUGGCAGAACCAGUCACAUGUACACUGAUGCAUUCAAGUUCACCACUUUAAUCAGCUACACAAUAUGUACACAAUAUAAACAGCCAAGGUUUGGAGGCAAAAGGGGUUGAAGGUUGGUCAAAGAAAGUGUAGCUUUCGAUGUUGUCAUCUGUUGACUGUAUGCAGCCAAACAAUAAAAUGUAUGAAGUAUAGGA